CAGCCUCCGCUCAGUCCCUGUUCAGAGCACCGGGAGCAUAAUCAUGCCAGGGCAACGACCCACGAUGCUGUGCUGUCCUGCAGUGCUGCUGGUGCUGCUGACGCUCUCGUGGCUGCCGUCGGGAGGAGCCCUAUCUGUGGCCCAGGAGCACCUCCCGGCCUUCCCUGGGCCCUCAGAGGUGCACUCCAGUCCGAAUAUCUUCAGAUCGUGGGAGCUGCGGAAACGAUAUGAAGAUUUGCUGACCAGGCUUCGAGCGAACCAAACCUGGGAAGACUCGAACCCUAACCUCAUCCCUGCCACUCAAGUCCAGAUACUAACCCCAAAGCUAACACUUGGACCAGGCGGCCACCUGCAUCUGCGCAUCCCUCGGGUCAACCUGACUAAGGGGCUCCCCGCAGCCUCCCGCCUGCAUCGGGCCCUGCUCAGACUGUCCCCGCCAGAAUCGAGCUCGUGGGAUGUGACGCGACUGCUGCAGCGUCACAUUGGCAGCCUCGGAGCCUCCGGGGCGUCCACACUGGGCCUGCACCUGCUGCCGCCUUCGGAUCGGUGGCUGGUUGCAUCACCUUCAGCACAGCUCAGGCUGGAGCUGCACUGGCGGCCAAGCACCCGCAGGGGGCGCCGCAGCGCGCACGCGCGUUCCCAGGACGGCUGUCCUCUCGGGGAGGGGCGAUGCUGCCGCCUACAGAGCUUACGCGUGUCUCUCGAGGACUUGGGCUGGUCAGACUGGGUGAUUGCGCCGCGUGAGCUGGAUGUGGGUGUGUGCAGCGGUGCGUGCCCGAGCCAGUUCCGAUCGGCUAACAGGCAUGCCCAAGUGGUGGCGCGUCUGCACCGCCUGAAGCCUGGGCUCCCUCCUGCGCCAUGCUGCGUGCCCUCCAGCUACAGGCCGGUGGUACUCAUGCACCGGGAUAGCGAGGGCCGUGUGGUCCUCACACCCUACGACGACCUUGUGGCCGAUGACUGCCACUGCUUAUGAGCUGACCUAGGCCUUCACUUACAGCACGUGCACAAUGGAGGUGACCUCGGUCCUUGCCUGUCAGAUGGAAUAGGCUAGUGGGACCUGAAAUACCCUAUCAUAACCACUGCCGUCUGCGGCCUCCAACCUGCACUGCUGUAUUUAUAAGUUGGUAUUUAUUAUUAAUUUAUUGGGGCUACCGGCCUGGGGACCAGAGGGUUUGGGGAGGACUGGGCCAGCAGAGUGUGCAGUUAUUUAAACUCUGGUUAAUAAAAAUGAAGCUGUCUGACUCGACUCUGUGAUGACUUGACUCUGUCAGCUGUCUGUGAUGCUGAUAGAGCUGGGGACCUUGGGAAGGGCCUGCCCCUGGCUGGCCCCACUUCCCACAGGAGACCUGGUAUAGGGGUGAAUGAUAGGGUUCAAGGAAUGGGCAGCGGGGUGUUCUUGGAGAUGACAGGCAAUUGGGUGUAAUGGCCUCAAGGGCAGCCUGGGACAGAUCUCUCUCUGCCUCCAUGCCUGCACAGCCCCUGUCUCUCUCUGAGGGUGCCCAUCUCCUCAUCUCUCAUUACUCCUGUUUCUGGACGACUUAAAAUAUACUGGGCCCUGGCUGGUGUAGCUCAGUGGUUUGAGUGCGGGCCUGCAAACCAAAGCAGGUUUGAUUCCCAGUCAGGGCACAUGCCUGGGUUGUAGGCCAAGUCCCCAGUGGGGGGCGCACAAGAGGCAACCACACAUUGAUGUUUCUCUCCCACUCUUUCUC